GUUAACUUGGAGAAUGAAAUGACUAGAAGUUGUACGUCGGCGCAUAAAAUACGUCACUUUCGUUGACAGUCGCGGACAUUAACCUUUUAAACUGGUCUGUGCUUUUAGUGUGUAAUUAGUGUUGGAUCAUCUUCUUUACUUUUAUACUUGUAAUGGAUUACCUUAUGGAUUUUGACAUUAAUGCAUAUAGUAGUGACGAAGAACAAUUUCCCAGACGGCCAAAAAUAAUACGGAAUCGACCAAAUCAUUUUGAAGAAUGGGAUGAAACUGACUUCAUUGCAAGAUUCCGAUUAUCGAAAAGAACGACGGAAAAUUUGAUAGAGGAAAUAGAGGAAUUAAUUACACAUCCGACUGAAAGGAAUGACUGUUUAUCAGCCGAAAACCAAGUACUUCUGACCCUAAGGUUUUUAGCAACCGGCUCAUUUUUAAGUGUAGCUGGUGACUUUUGUGGUGUACACAAGUCGACAGCGAGUAGGACCGUAAAAAGAGUAACCGUGGCAUUAGCAAAUUUAAGGCAUCGGUACAUAAAAAUGCCACAAACCUAUGAAGAAAUUUUAACUUGUAGGCAACAGUUCUUCAAUAUUGCAAGAUUUCCACGAUGUAUAGGAGCUAUUGACUGCAGCCAUGUAAAAAUACAGUCGCCUGGUGGAGAUAGUGCAGAGAUUUUUAGAAAUCGUAAACAGUUUUUUUCGUUGAACGUUCAGACGGUGUCAGACACUAAUUUAAAAAUUUUGGACAUUGUGUCACGUUGGCCAGGAUCUGCACAUGAUGCACAUAUAUUCCGGAAUUCUGCACUAUGUGCAAGAUUCGAAAUGGGCCAAUUUAGAGAUAGUGUAUUGGUGGGUGAUAGUGGUUAUCCAGUUAAAAAAUAUCUGGUCACCCCACUAUUAAAUAUAAAUUCUAAUGCAGAAAAUUUAUACAACGAGUCACUCAUUAGAACCAGGAAUGUCGUCGAAAGAAGUUACGGGGUGUGGAAAAGGAGAUUUCCGUGUCUGGCAAUGGGGUUGCGAUUAAAGUUAGACACCGUUCAAGCACUUACUGUCGCUACAGCAAUACUUCACAAUGUAGCAGUAAAUGAAAAUGACAUCUUACCAGCUGUAAACCCUGAACAAGAAGCAGCAAUAAACAUUGUAAACAAUGUUGAUGAAGAAUUAUUAGCUACACAGGCAGUUGGUUUAAAUUACAAUUUAAACAACCAAUCUCGUUUGAAUUUAAUAAAUAACUAUUUUGCACGUUUAUAAAAUGUUAAUAUGUAGUAUUAAUUUACAUUUGCACUGUAUAUAACUUUUUAAUUGUUUUUAUUGUUUCACAUGAUUUGCUUAA